GGUUUAUCGCGCCGGAGCUUCACUUGCCUCGGAACAGCAUGAUGAUCCGUCCCGCUCCUAAUCAGGACUAGCUCCGGGAUCAACUCCACGGGCCAGACCAAAAGAGGCGAUUCACACCAAUUGCCUCAGUGUUGCUUCUUCCCCUGUGUCCAUCGCCUGCGGGUUAUUCUUUUUAUUCGAGUGUAUUGUCUUGCCGGUCCUCAGGAUUGCGUGGCUCAAAAUGGCGACCUUUUUCCAGAGUGUUCGCCAAGGGUUUGGCAGAGGAGGUAACAACAAGAACAACAACAAUAAUAACACCAACAACAACAACAACACUCCCCAAAUCUCGCCUGCUCCCAAUUCUCCGUCUCUCGGUUCGCCGCUACCAAUGGACAGCCCCGCCGCAUACGAUCCCGAUGCACCCAAAUACUUCUUUCAGGAGAAGUACGCUCCUCUGAACGUAAGGGGUAACUUCUUGACUCUCUGUGCCUGUCCGAAGAAUGUGGAACUGGGAGAAUGGCUGGCCCAUCAGAUUGUCGAGCAGUACCGUUUGCUUCAUGCGAUGCUGCAGGUAAUCCAAGAGGUCAAUGGAGUCACUGGCCUUCCUAUUUGCAAUGAGGCCACCUGCCCAACCAUGUCUGCAGGACGUCUGACUUACACGUGGCUUGUGGACGGUCGUGCCGCAAAGAUCUCGGCUCCCAAGUUCAUUAACCGUGUCGAGAAGUGGAUCAUCAGCAAGAUUCAUGACCCCGUCAUGUUCCCAACCGACAAGGUGGCUAAUGCCCCAGAUACCUUUGCCAUCAAUGAGGCCUCCGGUGCUGCCCCGUCCAACCCCCCGGCAAAUGCUACUGCAGAGGAGUGGAUUGGCAAGUCCAGUGGUUUCCCGCCAACUUUCUACAAGGAUUGUCAGGGUAUCAUGAAACAAAUGUUCCGUUGCUACGCCCAUCUCUACCAUGCUCACUGGCUGAACCCCUUCUGGCACAUCAACAAACAUGACAUCCUCAAUAUGGCGUUUGUUCAUUUCGUGACUGUCGCCAAGUACUAUAAGCUCCGCAUUCCGCCAGAGGCAGUUGGGGGUGGACACUGGGCGCAGCAAACAUCUAGCUGAGCUAGAAGUAUGCUUGUGACAAGGCUGCCUCAAGACCUUCUUUUACUCGCUUCUCGACGGCGAUUAAUUGUCUUCUAACCUGGUGUUGGAAACUUGUUUAUCUCAAUUUCUAUGCAGUACAGUUUUGGCUUUUUGUUCAUGAGCCAUCUUUAACGACAUGGGCAGAUCAACGCAGUGGACAGUACGCCCAUCGGAUCAAGACAUUGGAGCAUAUGGUAUAUUAGCAGAUAUCCUUGUUUUUGUUGUUGGUUUUCUUGUCUCCAUUUAUCCCUGCAUAUACGCUUGAAUUAGUUUUUGAGGUCAGGGUUGCAUGUUUUUCGUCGUUAUCUACAUCUAAGCAUGAUUGUGUUCUUCAGCCCAGUCAGAUACAUAGUGCAUAACCUCUUA